GAUGAAUACCACUCGGUUGCUAGAUACCAAGAGAUGGAUUGCAAAAUGUUGCGAUCAGAAGAGUCGAAGACUCGGCCUUUAGCUGACUCACGCCGAUGUUCUGCAUCAUCACAUGGUAAAAAUUCAGAUACUACACGUAAUCAUAGUCGACGUCGAAUCGAUACUCACAUCGCACGAACUUUUACAUUGUAUUAG